UGUCUAUCUACCUGUGCGGCCACUGACCAGCCUGCGCUUGCCAUCUCGAAUUGAAUAACCCUUGCUGACCGUGUUGUCUCGUCGCGUACCAGAUCCUCCACACUUACGCGCUGGUGCGGCCGGCUGUCGGGGUGGAUUGGCGGAUUGCGGCCGAGGGGACAGCAGCGAUAACAUGGCAGGCCUUGGCCGCUCAUUCAAGCCAGCUUCGUAUCUGUCUUCCAUGAAAAGACGACCUCCGCCUGCGAGAACCAUGUCGAACUCAUCCGAAGCGUCGCCGCUCUCUUCGCCAGAUAUCGGGCCGGACGACGCUGUCCUCUCAACGAGACCGUCGCCGAAUCCGCCGGCGGAUAGUCUGCAACAUCAGCCGUUCGGCUCUCUACCGAGCCUUAAGUCCAGCAACGCCACGCUGAUAAAUGUCCCAACUGACUCGGGGAAUAAAGACCUGCCCUUUUUCGAUCCUUCCAAGUCUACGCCUGCGCGUGCCCGACCCAUCGCUAUUGAAUUGCCCGCUACGAAGAAAGGUAGCAGCGCUCCUGUGUAUACUCCGCCCCCGCCGCUCUCUGCGCGUGGCGAUCUUCCCGGCGGUUAUUUCCCCUUACACGAGGACCAAACCCGAGUUUACCGCCCUCACCCAUUCCAGCUGGACGCUUCCGAGGCGCGGAUGAAGUCUAUCCAACGUGCCAGUCAGUCAAGCUCGCUUCCUAAGGAGAGCGCCAUACCCGCCCAAGCGGCCACGGGCACCACCCCCUCGGCUGCGAACCCCAUCGCCGUGGCAGGACAAUCUACACAAACUAGGUCUUCGAAACUUACGGGAUCGAUGGAGCGAACCUUGGAUACGGUGUCUAGUACUCCUGUUACCAGCUACAUACCGACUGGAACCCAGGAGAAUUCUCUGCCAAUGGGCAAGUAUUACCCCACCAACUACAUCAAGAGGAAGGAGGAGAAGAGGAGCCGGAAACAGGGCCGGCCGCCAACGUCGAACUUUGCGGCUCCGACAGGAUCCAAGUCGGAGAGCCAGAUACUCACUGCCAGGGACGCUUCGACAAUUCCGCUAGGACCCUCACGCAACGAGUCUGAGGCGAAGCGCAGGUUGCAGCAGUAUCAACGCGACAUGAUUGCGCAAGCGUCGCUGGCCCUCAACGGCGGCAACGUGAGCGCGGCAACUCUGAGUUCGCUGAGGGCGAUUGGAUUUACCAGCGUGUCGGGGCCGGGCAAACCGAGACUAGCACCCUUGGGAAGCCCCGGACCCGUGACGCCCAUGGAGCUGGAAGGCCCAGGGGAUGGCUAUUUGGGUGCACGAAGACUGCCAGACGCUGCACAGAUCGAAGAGAUUAGCCGCGCCAUCAGAGCCCGGGAGGAACAGAAACGACGAGAGGGUGCAACUUCGCCACCUGUCGAGCUAGGCCCCAGCUCGUUCUAGGUGCGCUGGCUGGUUGCCAAUGGCGAACAGCACACGCCGCUGCCCACCUGUCCACGGGGUUGCUGUGUGGGGCGUCACCAAGUCGAUCACCUGCAGUGCU